GUCCAAAGUCAACAUCUGGUCUGCCACCUCGACAGCCCUCGCACGCACAUCCUUCAUCUCUCUCCUUUUAGUGUAACACCAUCAUCUGCCAGUCCUUUCCUUUUACCAUUCUUGUUCCCCGUUUCCGUCUGACACGAAAUACUUAAAUUCUUUUUUUAUACCCACAGCCGGCGCCUCUUCGCCUAAUCUGCGCUCGAUAGAGAUCUGCAGAGCGUCCUCUUCCCGUGUUCCCUCUUUCGACGACACGGGCCUUUGUCCGAUCCCCCAGAUCGACCUCCCCAGACGCCCUCCUGCUCUAUAUAGCCUGGCCGAAAGCGCUUCUUCUUGUACUUCUUUUUCCACCAAUACUGCGGGCCAUGAAUCCGAGCACUACCAUCUCUCCUUCCUGCUGACGACUCUUUCUUUCGACACCCGGUCUACGCGCCGACGCACCCAUCUCGAACCCAUACAUACACCCGCGACGUCGCCGCCAUGGAUCAGGCCGAUAUCCCAGCGCUCCUCUCGCGCCUCGCAAGCGAUGAGGACGCUGCUAGGAAGAUGGCUGUUUUCAAGCUGCAGUCGUCCAUCAACGACCCCGCCUUCGCCGAUGUCUUUAUAUCGUCGGGUGGUCUGGUCGUCUUGCGACGUCUGAUUAUGAGUGCGGGAGGGAACACAUUGGCGUACUCGCUGCAGAGUUUGACGCGUCUGUUGGAGGUGGACAUGGGCUGGGAGAUUUUCGAGGGAUCAUCGUCAGGGGACCUCGUCGAACGCAUCGUCGAACUGAUUGUCACAAACCCGCUUGUCAACAUUCUCCGCGGCGCCAUGUCGAUCCUGGUCGCCCUCGUCGGCCACACGCAGUCAUCCCGCCCAACGACCCCUCGCACCCCGGGCUCGUUUGGUUUCAGGGCUCUGAAACCCGCCGUUGCAGUCUACCCGCAGUUCUUCGAGCUCGUCAUCGCCCAGCUCCAGUCGGCCGACCACGCGCUGUGUGCCAAUGCCCUCAUGCUCAUCAACGCUAUGAUUCGGGAUGCCAUUUCCAGCGAUAGUGUCACCACUACCACCAAGGCAAUCUCUCCAGCGAUGGAGGAGUGGUCAAAGUUUAUCAAGCGUCUACAAGAUCUUGGCCUGAUAAAGGCGGUGUACAACCUGAUGCAGAGUUCCUCCCUGCAGGACCUCGCACAUCCUCUGCUCGAAUUCCAGUCCCUGACCAAGGUUCUGUUGAGAAAGUGGCGCGAGGUCAGGGUUGACCUGGAGCGGCCCGAGCAUCGGCGGGGAUUGAAGGGACUCCACCUUGCCAGUAACCCAGAGAAGCAAGUCAAUGGCAUUCCCCGAAUGGACGAGCUUAACGAACUUGGCAAGAAGGGUAGCCGGCGGCAUAAUCCUGAGAAGUGGAGGAGACUAGGCUUCGAAACGGAGAGCCCCACGCAAGAGUUCGAGGUGCCCGGCUUUCUGGGCAUGAUGGACUUGACAGACUACGUGCGCAAGAACGAGGACAGCUUUCAGAAGAUGCUGCUGGAGCAGUCGACGAAACCCAGGAACGAGAGAUGUCCAGUCGCACGGGCCAGUCUUGCGGUGACGAUGAUUCUUUACGACCAUUUCGAAGUCGAGAAGUCAGAUGUUGAGGAUACUAAGAGUUAUCAAGGCUUAGACGGCAUCAAGAACAACGAAAAGUUGUUCCAUCCGCUUCUCCUUCAGUGGUCGAGACUUCAUACGGCCGGGCUUCAGGCUCUAUUCCGCGUUUGGAAGUCCACGGCCGCCGAGCAGUUGGAUUUUGAGAAGGUGGCAGAGCUGGUCCGCAUACUCGUCGAGCAAGUGGUCGGCCAGGCCAGCAGGACCAAGGAUGUGUUGGAGGUCGAGGAGGAGCUCCUGGAGUAUGACUGCACUCGGUUGCGAGAGCUUCAGAUGGAACUCUUGGAGUUGUCAUUCGAGGAUCAGUGGGGUCAGCAUCUGUACCAAGUCCGCGAGGAGUUGAGGCAGGAGGCCCUCCAGUUUGUUAAGGAACAACGGAUCCGAUGUCUGCUCCAAGGCUCAUGGUUUUCAAAGCCAAUGCCCCGGCGGGACACCAAUCCUCAAAACGAGGUUCAGAAGCGGCGUCUGUACACUCCCCGACCCUGGCGAUUCGCCAAGUUGUCACACAACCGCCGGUACCUUCACUACGCCGACUUUGAAGCACAGACAGCACAAGACCCGGGCCUGGACAUCUUGACGGAGAAGGUCGAUCUCAGCACCAUCAGCUCGGUGGUGUCCAACGUAUCGGCGUCCAACGAAGAGACGCGCAGCGGGACUAGCAGUUCGACGCUCAAGAACAACGUGGCGGUCAAGUCGACAACCAAGAUCACCAUCUUCAGCUAUACCAAUCCCGCGGAGGCGGCCAAAGGCGGUGAUGCGAAGGAGCAAGCGAUAUUGACGCUCUACCCGGUCACGCACAGCCUGGCAUCGGAAUGGCUCGAUGGCCUCCUGAUGCUGCUCAAUCAGGCUCCCAUCACGGCUGAGACAAACAAGCUCGUCAACCUCGUCAGUGACUUUGGGCUUAAGAUAAGACUGCUGAAUGUCAGGAUAGAGGCUGCCUACAACGGACCACCACCUGGUGCCGGGGUCAUUCCCAGUCGGGACGGUCUAGACGAAGACUACUUCUAUGAGGUGUGAGCGCUUGGGUGGGCAGGGUCUCUGGCAGGGGACGAUUUAUAUUCCUUCUGAUUGGUUUCCUUUGUGAUGCUGUUUGUUGACCUACUUAUACCCGCGUCUCUCUUGCUCAUCUGACCAGAGAUGUAACGGAUGGAGCUGGGAUGGUACUCUACAGCAAGUUGGCUUGGUUGCCUACAAUGUGCAUAGCGAGCGGUUCGUUUGCGUCGUUGAUCAUCGAAGCUUGGAUCUGGCGGGCUUGUUUCCUUUAAUGUGGCGGGGACGGUUGCGAGGAUACCGCAUAUAUGGACGGAUGGAUGGGUGUCCAAUAGUUUUGCGAGCAGAGCUCUCAUGUUAUCAUACCCUAAGGAGCGCAAGUCUUGAUGGCUCGCUCAGGUACAUUCUAAUACCAAGUCAAUAUUUCAUC